AUGUGGCACAAAGGUCGCCAAAUACCCGGAGAGAGCCGAUGUGUUGAGGAGUGUAUUAGCGUGCAAGCCGCACCGCCCGGAUACGUUGCAGGGCUCGGGCGCGGUGCAUCCGGGUUCACCACUCGGUCAGAUAUCGGGCCAGCGCGCGAAGCAGCCGCAGCCACCGCCACCGCCACCGCCGGCGCCACUGCAGCAGGCGAUAGCAGCAGCAGAGCCCGGGGAACCAAGGCGUCGCUGGCAGCAUCCGUGGACGCACGAUUCCAAGACGCCGAAAACGAAGAAGGACUGUUCAGCAAUAUGCGGUACGAGGCAGACGACGAGGAAGCCGAUCGCGUCUGGGCGCAGAUCGAUGCACAGAUGGAACAGCGGCACGCAGGCAAGCGCAAAUCCCCGCACGGCACAGCCCUACGGGGGACGUGCCGUAUCCGACCGCACGCUGGUUUCGGGGCUCGGGCUCGACGGCCCGACCAGGCCAUCGAUGCAGCAGGCGGCGGGGCGACGGAUUUGCUGGCGAUCGGGCAGGCGCGCGACAGCGGCUACUUGACGUCGCUCGGGUCGCUGGGCGCCGCGCGUGCGGCGGAGGUCGGCGACAUUGGGCGCGCGCGCGAGCUGCUGCGCUCGGUCACGGCGGCGAACCCCACAAGCGCCCCCGGGUGGCUCGCGCGCGCACGCGUCGAGGAGAUGGCCGGCGAGCAGGCGCGUGCGCGCAAGGUCAUCCUCGAGGCGUGCGAGCGCGAGGACGUGUGGGUGGAGGCCGCGCGCCUGCACGCCACCGCCGAGGCACGUGCGAUCCUUGCCUCGGGCGUGCGCCACUGCCCGCAGUCCGUGCGGCUGUGGUCGGCGGCGGCGGACCUGGAGAUCGGCCAGGCGCGGCGCCGCGUGCUGCGCCGCGCGUUGGAGAAGGUGCCCGGCAGCCAGGCGCUGUGGAUGGACGCGCUGGAGACGCGCGAGAACGCGCGCCGCGUGCUCAACCGCGCGCGGCGCGCCGUGCCGGCGAGCGCAGACGUGUGGGUGGCGGCGGCUCGGCUCGAGGAGCAGCACCAGGGCGGCUCGGCCGUGCUGCUGCGCGUCAUGGCCAAGGCCGUGGCGGCGCUGGCGCAGACCGUCGACCGCGCCGGCUGGCUGCAGCUCGCUGUGCAGAGCGCCGCCGACGGGUACCCGGGCACGUGCGGCGCGAUCGUGCGUGCGGCCAGCGCGGCGGGGUUCGACGCCGACGAUGCGCCCGAGGACCGCGCGCGCGCGCUGGCCGCCGAGGCCGACGCGGCCGAGCACGGCGCCGGCGCCGGGCUUGCGGACCUGCUGGAGCGCGCCACGCGCAGCUGCCCGGGCGCCGAGGUGCUGUGGCUGAUGGCCGCCAAGCACGCGUGGGCGGCGCAGGGCAGCGUGGCGCAUGCGCUUCGGCGGCGGCCACGGCCGCUUGGCACCGCGCGCAUUUGGAUGAAGAGCGCCGUGCUGCUGCGCCAGGCCGGCCGGCCCGAGGAGGCCCUGGCGCUGUGCAGGGACGCGCUGGCGCGGUUCCCGCAGUGCCCGAAGCUCUGGCUGGUCUGUGCGCAGCUGGAGGCGCAGGGCGGCCGCAUGCGCGACGCGCAGGCGACCUUGUCGCGCGCGCUCAAGCUGUGCCCGACGGCGGUCGCGCUGUGGACGCAGGCGGCCGGGAUGGCGGCUGCUGCCGACCAGCCGACGCGUGCGCGCGCGAUCCUCGAGCGGGCGCGCGUCCACGUGCCGCGCAGCGCGGCCCUGUGGCUGCAGGCCGUGCGGCUGGAGGCCCGCGCGCUGGGGGCCCCCGUGGCGCGCACAACGCUGGCGCGCGCCCUGCAGGAGUGCCCGCAUGCCGCGUGCCUCUGGGCAGAGGGCAUUGUGCUGGCGGACCGCGCGCAGCGCAAGGCGCGGUCGGUCGACGCGCUCAAAAACGCCGCCGGCGGCGGCGUCGAGGUUGUUGUUAUGGUUGCGCGGCUGUUCUGGGCCGAGGGCAAAGUCGAGAAGGCCCGUGCGUGGUUUGCGCGCGCGUGUGUGCAGGAUGCGGAUCACGGCGACGCGUGGGCGUGGCGCUGGCGCUUUGAGCAGGCAAGCGGGGGCGGCGUCGGCGUCGGCGCGGUCGAGGCCGAGUGCGCCAGGGCGGAGCCGCGCCACGGAGAGGUGUGGCCGCGCGUGGCGAAGGCUCCCGAGAACGCGCAUCUGACGACCGCCGAGGUUCUGCGCAAGGCAGCAGCCGCGCUGUCGUCACUGCCGCAGCUGCAGCAAUGA